AUGCAGAGAUCUGUAGACAGACGGAGCGUGGAAGCCAUUAUUAAUCAGGCGUUGGAAAUAGCCAAAGUGAAGGGCUGCUAUUCGCAAUGCACAGCUGAUGAGAGCAAUGAGUACUUGGAACGCAUCGAGGGCGAUGUACACCAGGCACAGGAUGACGGUAUCAUAUCCGAAGAUACUGAAAGAACAGUCUCAGAAGAGGUGGCAGAUUGGCUCGAGUCUCAGGAAUGCGACGAGUUCUGGAAGUCCAGGCUACGGCAGCCGCGUCUGGUAAUACCCAGUGCAGUUCAAUUGGCCAGACAUAUCAAAAUGAGUGCUACUCUCCAAGUGGCACCCUACAGCGGUCUCAUUUCAUUCGAGGCGCUUUUACAUUUGAUCGCCUUAGAACUACUAGCAACUUGCUACACGUCAUCAUCAGGCUUAAUCGCAAGCUGUUUUCCUCUCCUGGAACGACAUAAAGAUACGAAACCUACUACAGCAUUGCGUGCAUAUUCGAAAUCUCUAUUUUCCCCAGCUUUUGGUCACCACGCUCAUCCAUCUUCCGAAACAGGUUCUUGGCCAGGUCUUUGUAUGGGACCGUCGCUCAAGGAGAAAUUAGGAGAGCAUGACAGUCGUAGACGCCGACAACAGAACGAUCAGGAACAGCAUAUUUUGGAUCUCUCAGGAGCUGGCUGGGCAGAUGGACCGCCCCCAGAAGCGAUGCGCAUGGAGCUAGACAGCAAAUUGUCAAAAGCUAGCUCGAGCUCUUCAGUGGGACACGAGCCAGGGUUUUUCUCACAACUGAUAUGCCAAACAGCAGUACCCAGGAGCCAUCGGCGCAAGUACAUCACCAUGUUCUUGGACGGAAUGUCAUCAGAGUGGAAGAGACAGAAGCAAUAGUGGGCUAAGCUUAAGCCUCGUCAACAUGAUGACCAAACGUCCU